AUGGCCUCGUCGGAUCUCAAGGCAUGGAUCGCCGGCAUGCCCAAAGCCGAACUACAUGUUCAUUUAGAAGCGGAGCGGAACAACCUCCCCCUCCCACCGUCACUGACAUCGCUCUCGGAGUCCUCCCAGCAUGAAUCAGGCUAUGCCUUCCACGACCUCACGUCCUUCCUGGCGGUCUACUACCCGAACCUCUCGGUCCUCCAGACAGAGCACGACUUCCGGGACCUGGCACUGACCUACCUCACGCACGCACACGGCCAGAACAUCAAACAUGCCGAGCUCUUCUUCGACCCGCAAGCACACACGGGGCGAGGAAUCCCCUUCCCGACGGUCCUACGCGGCUAUCGCCUGGGCCUGACGACCGCACAGCGAACACUGGGCAUCUCCGCAUCGCUAAUCAUGUGUUUCCUGCGCGACCACUCGGCCGAAUACGCCAUGGCGACGCUCAUGGAAGCACUGCCCUUCAAGGACGCCAUCAUCGGGGUGGGCCUGGACUCGGACGAGCGCGACAACCCGCCGAGCAAAUUCGCCGCCGUGUUUCAACGCGCGAGCAAGGAAGGCUUCCUGCUCACGACCCAUUGCGACAUCGAUCAGCCCAACUCGCUCGCACACAUCCGUCAGGCCCUGACGGAGCUGCAGGUCGACCGCAUCGACCACGGGACCAACAUCGUCGCCGACGACGAGCUGGUGUGCAUCGCGCUGCAGAAAGGCAUCGGAUUGACCUGCUGUCCCGUGUCCAACAGCGUCGUCACCGCCGACUUCAAAGGGAGGGAGAUCGUCGCUCUGCUGCGGAGGGGCGUCAAGGUCACCGUGAACUCGGAUGAUCCGGCUUAUUUCAGGGCGUAUGCCAAUGAGAAUAUGGAGAAGAUGGCCGUGGAGACGGACUUGACGAGGAAGGAGUUGGUGCAGUUGCAGAGGAAUGCGUUUGCCAUCUCGUGGAUUUCUACGUGGCGGCGGAAUCACUUUCUCGCGCUCUUGGAUGAGUAUGAACGGUCAACGUCGACUCCGGAGCUUCCCAAUGGUAUUUAG